AUGUACGUGAGCUACCUUUUGGAGAAAGACACCGGGAUGUACUCAAAUUCCGUAAGGCACUCGAGCCUGAACUUAAACCAUCAGAACUAUGUCCCUGCACCUCCACAGUAUACGGAUUUUACCGGGUACCAUCACGUCCCAGGAAUAAGCAAUGAUUCUCAUCACAGCCAAGCCACGGGCACCUGGAACCCGACUUACGCCCCACCAAGAGAGGAGUGGUCCCACUACGGAGCAGGGACGGGGCCCUCCACGUCAAAUUCCGGACAAAUAAGCUUCAACACGCCGGAAUUUACUGCGGUUCAGCCGCAGAGUCAGGGACUGUUCCCACCAGCGAUCAAUGCACCUGUUGGCCAGCUGUCACCAAAUUCACAAAGAAGAAACCCCUACGAGUGGAUGAGGCGCAGUGCGACGCCAUCUAAUCCAGGAGGGAAGACCAGGACAAAGGAUAAAUACAGAGUGGUAUACACAGACCACCAACGUCUGGAGCUUGAAAAGGAGUUCCACUACAGUCGUUACAUCACCAUCAGGAGGAAGGCUGAGCUCGCCACCUCACUCAGCCUCUCGGAGCGGCAGGUGAAGAUCUGGUUCCAGAAUCGACGUGCCAAAGAGAGAAAAGUGAACAAAAAGAAGAUGCAGCAGUCCCAGCAAGCCUCCACGACGACUCCCACACCCCCCUCCAUAGGCACUCCCGGCAAUGUCUCCAUGGUGACCAGCAGCAGCGGUCUGGUGUCGCCGUCAAUCCAAAUGACUAUUAAGGAGGAGUACUGAGAAAACGGAGGAAUGGGCAGGACAACGUCUGACAGCAACGAACUCCGGGCCUCGGUCAGAGGGAGCAGCUACAGGCUCAACAUCACAAA